AUGGUCUACAUACAGAAGAACAACAGGACGGAGGUCACAGAGUUCCUUCUACUAGGAUUUAAAGUAAGGCACGGUGCACGACUUUUCCUGUUUUCUCUAUUCUUUGUGGUUUAUUGCUUCAUAAUAUGUUGGAAUCUCCUGAUCAUCACCCUGGUGUCCACCAGCAAGAACCUCCACACCCCAAUGUACUUCUUCAUCUCACAUCUGUCCAUCAGUGACAUCUUGUUAUCCACAGAUAUUGUCCCCAAUAUGCUCCACAUCCUACUGAAUAAUGGGGGGACCAUGACUUUUAUUGGUUGUAUGACUCAGUUUUAUUUCUUCUCCACCCCAGAACUAUUUGAUUGUUUCCUUCUAGCUGUGAUGUCUUAUGACAGAUAUGUGGCCAUCUGUAAUCCUCUCCGUUACUCCUCUAUCAUGACAAGUGGACAUAGUGUUAUAUUGUCCGCCAUCUGUUGGUUGUCUGGAUUUUCUACUACUUUGAUUUACUUCAUAACAACAGCAAAGCUAAAUUUCUGUGGACCAAACAUCAUUGACCAUUUUUUUUGUGAUCUUGUUCCUUUAGUAGAACUUGCCUGUUCUGGUGCCUUUAUUGUCCACUUGGAGCUUUAUGUAAUAGGCACUCCAAUUGUCUUUAUCUCAACCACCAUCAUUGUAGUGUCUUAUACUUAUAUUGUUUUAGCAAUCCUAAGGAUCUCAUCCAAUACUGGUAGACAGAAAGCCUUCUCCACCUGUAGCUCCCACCUCAUUGUGGUCUCCAUAUUCUACUGGACUAUGUUCGGUGUUUAUAUUGUCCCAACAAAAGGUCUAACCCUCUCCAUGAGUAAGAUCCUCUCCCUGCUAUAUACUGUGUUUACUCCAUUGGUCAACCCCAUUAUAUACAGUCUGAGGAAUAAAGACAUUAAGAAAGCCGUACAGGAAACACUUUAUAAGAGGGUGAUCUGGUGA